UAGUUAACGGAAUGUGAUGAUUGCUCUUAUUUAUUUUAAUAAUUUUGCGAAUUUUUUAGCAGAUUUAAGGGAUAAUUAACUUACCUAAUAAAAUUACACUACAGUUACAUGAAGAUGCAAAAAUUGUGACUCAAAUCACUGUAAACAAAACUCAUAAUUUGUGAUCUGCAGGAUACAAACAAAGUGGUAUCACUGAUUUGGUGUUUAAACAGCGGUCUAUUCAAAAUGGAUGUUAAAGUAGAGAGUUUUGAAAAUUACGCGAAACUUAAAACUCUUUGUUUAAAAUUAAUUCAGAAUCAAAAAAACAUUGCCUGUGUUAAAGAGUUAAAUACUAUAAUUCAAAAUUCACCUCAAUCAUUUAUAAAAGCUGUGCAGCCAACAAUCCUUUCCACAUUUUACCCAAUUUUGAAAAGUAUUUCUGAAAAUAAAUCAAGUUUUAGAGAUGACGAAAAGCAACUUAUUGUGGAUACCUUCAAAAAUCUGUUUGAGAAGUCUAGUGUCGAUAAAAAAGUUUUAUUUUUUAAUAUUUACUCAUUUCUUUUACUUGAGAUUUAUGAUCAUCAUCAACACAUGGUAUUGCCUAUUCCUGAAGAAUAUAAACUAAGUAUUAUGAAUUGUAUGGCUUCUCUUAUGAAGUGUGUAUCAUCUGAUCUGGUUUUUUCUUUGUAUACCCGAGAAAAUGCUCCAAGAUUUUGUCAAAUGCUCUACACGGCUCUGGAAAUAGCUAAAACUGAACAACUUAGAUCGUUGAGAGUGUCUGCUAUGGAAUGUAUUAUGGCCAUUGCUCAGGUAUUAGAAAAUAAAGAUUUCGAAGAUGCUGAGCUGAGAAAUCAAGUUGCGGAAGUAUUCCUAUUCUUUCUACCAGGUAUUGCAAGUGGUUUAGCCAGGAUAGCUUUAGAAGACGAGAAAAUGGGACAUAAAAUUCCAAUGGUAGCUUUAAAAGCCUGGGGAAGAAUUGUCACGCUUUUAAUGGAUAAUUAUAAAGCUGGAAAUGAUGAUUUCGAUUUUACAAAUCUUAAGAAUAUCAUGAAUAAAAAACCUGUAAUUGGUACUGAGAAAAGAAAGAAAUUUAAAGACGAAAAGGAAAUCAAGGAAUAUCUACACACAAAUAAACGGACGGUGCCAUGGUACAAAGAUACCGAUAACAGACUGCAACCACUUGUCGUUGAGUUCGCCAAAUUGACACAUCAUUCCCAUCACAAAGUACGAUUAGAGUUGGCUGACAUGUGCGGACUUAUAAUUGAAAAUUGCUUUACAACAAUGCCAAUAUCCACGAGCCAUUUAAUAGAAAUAGUUAUAACGCUUUCUGAAGAUGAGAGCGAUGAAGUAAAACGAAGGAGUAAUGAUGUGUUGCAGAAAUUGUCUAUUGAGCUUUCGUCUAGUAACUUUAAGUGUUUGCUCGAAAAUUUAGAAGAAGGGUUUUAUAGUGGCAUAAAUAGUUUGCCCAGAAAAUUUAACGGGAUAGAUGAAAGAGAGCAACUUGCGUCUCUGAAUUUAAUAAUUGGGUACAUAUGCUUAUUUGGGAAACAUAAACUGAGCCAAGUUUUGCUUUCUGCGACACAUUUAAAUAAACUUAUGCACACACUUAUGCAUAUAUCUGAGCUGGAAAGAACUGGUGUUAGUCUUUUGGAGGAAUAUACUAUCAAGGAGCUGAAUAGGAACCCAGAUUUACGAACGCCUUGGAGAAAUUUUCGACACUUUAAAGAGGAAUCUGUUAAAAAUAAAUUGGAAACGUUAUGCGCUUCGCUAGCGAAAUUCGGUGGCUUAGAAAUCAUUAGUGAUUUUCUCUUGGACGUUAUUAUGUAUCAUUCGGAGAACAGAAAGGAAGCCAUAUUUAUUUUAAAUGAAGCUAUAUCAGGCACUGAUUAUACCGAAGAAAAUCUGCAAAUAAUAAAGAAUAUCGUCACUACAUACGUGGAUAACAAUUACUGGCAGAUACCGUUGUCUGUGGUCGUUGACGAGUUUGGAUAUGUAACUACCUUAACGGAUGUGCAGAACAACGUCAUUCAAGUUUGUCUACUAGUUGAAGGAAUUGGCAAAAUCGCUUUAGUUCUACGAGAAAAUUUUCAACAGUUCCUUUUGAAAACCUUGUAUUUGGUCUUGGAAAGGGCUGGAAGUAGCCACCCUCUGGUAAAAAAUGCUGGUCUGUCAGCUUUAACGAACGUCACAUUAGCCUGUGGAUAUUCCAAUAUAACGAACUUAAUAAACAGCAAUAUAGACUAUUUUACGUACCACGUUGAAAGAAAAUUAAACAAACUGGAGAACAACCAAGGUGUCCUGAGUGUCCUGGCAGUUGUUUUGAAUUACGGAACAGUUGAGGUCUUGUUGUACAUCGCUGAUAUUAUUAAAGAGGUUCUUCUUCAAUCUUGUGAUAAAUUCAAGGAUAAAAAUUCAACGGCUUUCUUAGAAAUAUUUAAAAUUUUUAUAAACUGUUUACGAAAAUGGUUUAACAUAAAAGAAAGAAUUGAACCGUUUAAGUCUAAAGCCCAGAAAUUAAGAGAAAUUGAAGAUUUCCAGGUAACAGGAGUAGAUAUGAAAGAAACAGUUAAUUUUUCUGAUGAUAUUAUGGGCAAGUCUGCAGAAGAAAUGUAUAAGGAGGACAUGGAAAAGAAACAAGAUGAAAUAGAAAAGGAAAUGGAAGAACCAGAAGUUGAAGAGUACAAAAAACCUGAACCACCUUUACAUAUAAAAUUGACAGUGGCAGUAUUAAGUCGAAGCUUGCAUUUUCUCCCAUCAAAAGAUAAAACCAAAAAAUUACUUGCACUCAACAUAUUAACAGAGGGUUUGGAAAUCUUAAGAGAUUUUGAAGAUGAACUUUUACCGAUCGUUCAUCAAAUUUGGUCCCCGUUAGUCCUGAGAUUCAAAGAGUUCGAAGAUCCUUUAAUUAUCAAUUACAGUUUUCUAUUGCUUGUCACUUUAGCCAGACUCUCUAAGGAUUUCAUUAAAAUGAGAACUACAAAGGACGUUUUGCCUAACAUUUUAUUGGCCCUUGAUAAAUUUUCUGCAGAAAGCUACUUAAAAGACAAAGGCUCUGCUUACAGAUAUUCACAGACAUACAAGUUGCAGUUAGUAAUUCUGGAAAAUUUGGGAAAAGUUUUGACAGACCUGGAUGUUGCAGAUGAUAAAUUAAAUGAAGCGAUGGAUAUCGUUUCCAGAUAUUUGAGUAAUAAACAGCCCAUUCCACUACAGCUGGCCGCUAUUGAAUUCUUCAAAAUUCUAUUAUUGUAUGAUCCAAAACCAAUUAUAUUGAAGUUAGAAUUAUUGCGGAAGGACAGUAAUGAAUUAGAAUAUAAUAUAUGUACUAUUUUAAAGGAAAUAAAUGAUACUCUAUAA